AUGGCCGGACUCCUGCUUUCACUCAACGAGGAUGUCCUCUUUCUCGUCUUCUCCCACCUGGAUCCACCUGACGCACUCGCGACGGCAUGCUGCUCCAAGCAAACACAUCGACUCGCCAUAUCCCGCGUCUUCUCCAAGGUCGACGGGAACCAACGCAGCUUCGAGUAUGGGACGACGCGGCACUAUAUACGCCAAAUAAAUCAGUACUUUUGCAGUCGCGAAAAAGUCUCACAUCUUCCCCGCGCCUUCCACCUCUGCUACUUCUCCAUCGACGUUUUCCUGCAAUACUAUUACAAGCCCGACGACUCACGGCUCAUUACAGAAAUCCUCAUUCAAGCCCCCAACAUCCGCGUUCUACAUUUGCGCCGCUUUCAGACGUUCGUCGAUGAAGACCCGCGGCUUAUCCAGGCCAUCUGCGCAAUGUCCAACCUUGAAGAUCUCUCCCUCAUCGGCAUGCGUGAGGGGGCGAUCCCCUCCCUUCUAGGCCUUUCAUCGCAUAGAUGGCUUAAAAAAUUAUACAUUUCAAUCGGUAAAGCUUUUGAUCCAAAUCCUGUUGACUGUGGCGAUCUCUUCACUAUUCUCGCCACCCUCAAAGCCCUUCACACGCUCACUCUCUGGCUUCACACAACACAUCCUCCCUCGAAGACGACCGAAAUACCCUCAGUCCGCAAUCUCUACCUUUCCUGUCAAGGCGGAAUGUCUGCCAACAUCCUUGCCAUGUUCCCUCGCCUCGAUACUUUAUCCAUCACAGACACCUCCAUCGCCCAUCCUCUCGACGGCGGGUCUGUCCUCGCUCAGAAGAACGACAACUGGCCGACGCUCCGAAGCUUGACAUGCAACUCUCGCAUCGCCAUUCCUCGCAAGAUGUCCCAGACCAUCGGGCGCAUCAGCAAGUUGGUUCUCGGACAAUACCACGACAUCAAAAAAACCCGUUGCGUUCUCUCGCUCAUCGAGCUCCUUCAAGCCGUGCGGCCCGUCGCGCUCGAGCUCACUGUCAGCCACCGGCUCUCCUCCGCCCAGGCAGAAUUCGCGUGGAAGAAGAUCUGCCGCGCGGUGCCCCAGCUUCGAUCUCUCCACGUUAUCACGUGGCCGUCUGCGCUCGACAGCCAGUCCAGCCUCAUGACAUGCAUAUUUCCGCUACUCGCGCACGCCGCGGCUCUGCCCCUGCUCUACCUCGGUCUCACCCUCGUGCCGACAGAGGAAGAAUACCGCUGCGCCCGGUUCAACGUCGCCCGGGCACGCAGAAGGCAAUUGAAACGACUGAGGGCUCUGUGGCCGCUUUCACGCGCCGUAGCAGCGGCGAUUCCGACACUCCGCGUCCUUCGGCUAGGCCCUUGGAUGCCGAAGCUCUUCACCUUCGACGAACUAUGUCGCGGCGCAAAAGCUGGGGAUGUACCGCGCCCGAUCUUCGACGAACUAAAGCGCGAGGCCGAAGAGGGACACGAGAGCGAGGACCUGGCUAGGCUGCGGAAGCUGCGGAGCGUGUAUCGUAGGGUUGAACGGUGGUGGUGGAUCGAGAACGAGCAUGCGUACGAAGACGCGGAUGGUGAAACAGGCCAGGACACGGACAAUGAAGAUCAGAAUGAGGACGAUGAAGAAUGCAUGCACGGAGACGAGGGAGGAGACGAGGACGAAGAUAACGAUGAAGACGAGGACUCUAGCGACGACGAGGACUCUAGCGACGACGAGGACUAUGGAUACGACGACGACGGAGAUGACGACGACGACGACGACGGAGGUGACGAGGGCGAUGAAGAAUAUGAACGUGAGGACGAGGAAGACGCCGGGGUAUGGCUGAGGGAGAUCUGGAGAGAGGACGGUGAACGCGCACUUGACAUCAUUGAGGAUGCGUCGCUGGAUCCGAAGACGAGUCUCGAAGAAUUCUUCUCAGACAGCUGUCUUUACGAAUAUUGA